CACCAUCAUCAUCACCACCAUCAUCGCCAUCAUCAUCCUCGCUUCCAUCGUCGCUUCGCUCGUCCAUCACCUGGCGCAUGCUGAUCAUCAAGAAUCCUAUACCGGAAGUCGUCAUGGUGCCUUUCCCCCAUCCUUGCUGCUGGAGAUUACCAUGAACCCGUCGUCCUGGGCCUCGACGUCGGAGUGAAUUCUGGGGAGGGUUUGUCUGUCAUCUCCCCGACCAGACACCGGUUGUUCGUCCCGUGGAGGCAUGCGGCUAGUAGACCAUGUCUCGAGGCUUAUCAAAGAAGCUCUUCAACGUCUGGUUGCAUAUCACUGAUCGUUACUGGGCCUUCCGCCAACCGGGCUCUGCUGGCAAUCCCCGGCACCUCCAUCCGGCCGGAUGGCGUCCGGUUUCCUUACGCACGCACUACCUUGCCCUCGUUGCCUGUCUUAUGCUUCUUAUGCUGGUAACCCUCGAAGCCCUGCGUCAAUAUAGCGACCGAGUAGGAGGGCUGGUUUUCUUCCCGGAUACCGACGAUGUGUCCAAUUCCCAAUCAUUUGCCUACAACUAUGUGCCCGUUAUUAUCGCCCUCCUUAUCGCUACCUUUUGGUCCUUUAUCGACUUCGAUGUAUUACGUCUCGAACCAUAUUUCCAAUUAUCACGAUCCGAAGGAUGCCCUGCCUCGGUGCUUUUCAUCAAUUAUAACUUUGGCCAGAGUUUCAUCACUCCGAUAAUGUCUGCGAAACGAGGCCAUUGGGUGGUACUGUCCGUCGCGCUUGUCACCCUUCUUAUCCGCAUUUUUCUUCCCGCAUUGCAUAGUGCCCUGUUCGAACUGCGAGAGGUUACCAUCAUAUCAAGCGAGCGGAUGAAUACUUGGUCAACCCUGGUGGAUCUAAACACCCAAGCCAGUUGGAUCGCUGCCCAGGAGAAUAGUGAAACUGAUAUCUAUGACGCUUAUUUUACCGCCAAUUCGGAUUUGCAGCAAUCUCGGUCAGGUAAAUACGCCGUGGCUCCAGUCGAAAUCCCGUCCGAUGACCAAAGGGAAACUACUGUGUGGACUCUAAAUCAAACUAUCUACUACGCCUCCCUUACGUGCGACGAUGUACUGAUUGAUGUUGAUUUCCCCGUGGUGGUUAAUAAUACCGCUACGAAUCUUUCUUGGGAUGUCGAAGGACUACAGAUCCCCGACCCGGACGGGAAUUGCACUGUGGAUUUCUCUUACGACAAUGUGUUCUUUCCGGACACUGAUUUUCUCCAAGUUCGAUAUUGGGAACCCAAGUCGACGGAUACUGCCUAUACAUCUUCGGGAGCGAAUAAAGCCUUCCAUUCUACUGGCUGCAAUCAGUUUGACCUUUUUGGUGUUCUCUUAUCCGUCAAUGCCACCCAAUUGGGUUCGAAUUCCUUGGAUACAUUGACAAAUAUCAACUCAUCCGCAACUCUGUUUGGUUGCGGUAUUCAGUACUAUCAAGCGGCUGCAGAGAUUACUAUGCAUGCGAACAGCUCGAUCACCAACACCAGGGUGUUGCACGAAACGAUCAAGGAACUGCCAUCGUCAGUAUUCAACACCGACGCAUUUCAGAGUCUCUUGGCACACCGGGCCCCGUACACUAGCGAUAUGCUCUUUGUGCAGAUCAACGAGACGACAGGAGAGCGCACACUGACAGAGUUACCGGUGAUCAGCCAAAACCUGGGAGAUUUGGAUCCUGUUCUGGUGCUGGAUACAUCUAAAGCCAUGACAUUGGACGAAUUUACUACCAAAGUAAGGAGAGGCGUGAAGCAGAACUUUAUUCUUACAAUGAGCCGAUUAUUCAACCCAGACGCUUCACCGGUCAGUGUCCCUGCUUACCGGUCGACUCGCCAGGUUGCCAUUGCCGUUGUCUCGUUUGUCGCUCGUUGCUCCGCAGGCAUCUUGGGGAUAGGAAUCAUUCUCGUCCUCAUAAUGAUCCGUUACUACUACAACCGUCCCAAUAUUCUCCAAAGUGACCCCGGCUCGAUAGGCCACAUCUGCAGCAUGGUAACUGAUGUUUUCGGUCCGUCGAAUGUUUUGGCCGAUCCGCGAUUUGAUUUCCACCAAUUCUCGACUCGCGAACUUCGUCGCCUUCUUCAUGACUGUCAUUUGCAAUGGUUUAAUGGGCCUUUGGGGUGGCGAUUAGAGAUGAUGACCAUCGAUGGCUCUCCCCUUCGUUUGGAAGAGAGAGAACGACCCCGAGUCGACCCUCGACCCCACUUUUUGGUCAUCCCAUUUUUUAUUGCCGAAUUUCUCUUCCUCAUUGCCGUAAUCGUCGCUAUGAGUUUGAUUAUCUCUUCCCUCGCCAAGGACGGUGGUUUACAGCAUUUGAGCCAGUCGGGUUCUAGUUUUCUUCAAGUUGUGCUCUCCCUCCUUCCAUCCAUGGUGGCUUCAUCGGUUGGAGCGCUCUGCUCGUCGAUUCACCGGAAUCUUAGUAUCCUGGAACCAUGGGUUCAUCUUCAGCGCGGGCAGGCCACCACAAGUAACUCGCUUACGAUGAACUACGCAUGUCAAAACCCUUGGACAGUGCUUCCCAAAGCCAUUCGAAAACGGCACGUUCUCCUGGGACUGGUCUCAAUUGCUUGUGUUGCCAACACAGGACUGACUGUAGUUGCUGGUGGCAUAUUCACACAGCAGUUGACGGAGUCUACUGUAUCGACAGAUUCAUUACUCGCGAAUUAUAGUUAUUCUGUUUUCCGACAGACCGACUUUGCCGCAGACUUUACCGAAUAUGAUCUAAUCCAAACGAGUAUCACCAGUGGCGUCCCCUUGCUUUCCUGGACGAGUGCGAAUCACUCCUUUGCUCCUAUAGGGAUUCGAGACCCUGACCCAGACAUCCUGUACAGUGCAACCACCUUAGGGAUCGGGGCAAGCCUGAAAUGCGAAGUUCUGUCGAUAACCUCAAGUUUAAGGUGGUUGGAUGGCACCCCACAUUGGGAGUACCAUACCUUCGGCAAUGACACUCAACAGUGCAUGGUGAAGAUGACCAUUCCUGGUGAUUCGGAUGAUAAAUUUGCGCUCUCGAUCAAUUUCCUUUCACCGACCGCGACUGAUGACGGCAAUGAUGAUUGCCAAACGUACACCGUGAUGAUUGUUGGUCGAUGGAACUACACAACCUCCUCGGCCAUUACUGACAGCAAUACAAUUGCGCUGCACUGUGAACCCGAAGUCCGGCUGCAAAACUUUACGAUCACCUUCGACCAAAGAGGUCAGAUUCAAAGUCAUGUCCCAAUGCCGGAAGCCACUAUCGACUCAGGCGAGAUGUAUCGGAAUGCCACCGUCAGCCUCGGCCAGUUCAACAAAGUGUUUGCCGCCAUCCCGCAAAGCUUCUAUGGUGAAACUGAGGAGAAAAAUGCAACAUAUGUGUCAUCAUAUGAUUGGGCUGGGUUUCUGGUUGCUCAACUUUACAAGCGCGAUGUCGCACCUAUCACCCACCUCGAUCCCUCUCGCCUAAUGAGUCUCUCUCAAACUGUAUACCAAUGGGUUUACAGUACCUACUUUUCCCUCUGGCGAGAUACCUACCUACAACGCGUCGAAGAUCGCCGUGUCGCCGAGAAUGCCACCUUACUUUACACCGCUUGGUGUAUGGUACCAUCUAUAUCUUCCCUCAUUAUUUCCAUGACAAUCAUCGGCUUGGAUACUCUAAUUGUACUGAUUGUCUUUGGCAUCCGACGCGGUCGGUUUGAGGGACCUCGAAUUCCGCGGUCUAUUGGCUCUGUUAUGCCGUGGAUCGCCAAUAGUCGCAUGAACCAGGAUUUCCGAGGCACCUAUGGGUGGACAAACGCGCAGCGACAGACUAAGCUGGAGAAUCUGGACAAGAAGUACGGGUUCCGGACGUUCGUGGGUGAGGAUGGUCAAGUACGGUUUGCGGUGGAUGAGGAAUCACCCGAAGAAGACCGUAAAACAUUACAUGCGUCCCUCGAGUCAGGGUCGACGAUGGUAGCUAAGCCACCGGAUGAUAUUGAACUCAAUGUUGUUGAGAAUCCGGGAAAUGGAAAUAGUCCCGGCAGGACUCAUGAGCCGGACUCAUGAGCUAUGUGAUAUGAUAUUUGUAUAAAGCAUAAUUUGGGCAUUGGGCAGGAUUGGGGUUAGGUUAGGAUGGGUUAUUCUCAUGUACAUAGCGAUAUAUCAACCAAUCUUCCGAUUUUUCAGAGUCUUUUACAGUCGGCGAGUUAUGUCUUCUCUUGGUGUUUGUUCGCAGGAGCACGUAGCACACUACCUCUAUCUAAACCUCGCAAACUAAUAAGUCUGCAACAAU